ACUCAUCCCUAUAUAUUUUUCAUUCGGUUAUUUUUGUCGCCAUCUUCACUAUUCUUCCUUCUUUUUCUUUCAUUCGGUUGUUUUUUGUCAUCAUCUUCACUACUCUUCUUCUUCUUCUUCUUCUUUUUAACGUAAAAAGAAAUGGCUUCUUCGAGAGAACCAUGGUUACUGGAAAAUGGAAACUUGAAGGGUUUAAGUAAGGAAAUUCGCCAUGGGAGGACUGCACAUAACAUGUCAUCUUCUUCGUUACGUAAAAAGUCGCAUUUGACCCUGGUUUCUAAGGUUCCAUGUAGGAAACUUAGACAAUUCUUGGCUAAUCUACAGGAGGUCAUUUUAGGGACUAAACUCUCUGUUCUUUUCCCUGCUAUUCCUUUGGCCAUUGUUGCUGAUUGCUAUGGUUUCGCAAGGCCCUGGGUUUUUGCAUUGAGUUUACUUGGACUCACUCCACUGGCUGAACGAGUUAGCUUUCUCACUGAGCAAAUUGCUUAUUACACUGGUCCAACAGUGGGAGGGCUGUUGAAUGCAACCUGUGGCAAUGCUACUGAGCUGAUCAUAGCAAUAUUUGCAUUAAGCCAACGUAAAAUAGACGUGGUUAAGUAUUCCCUAUUGGGUUCAGUCCUUUCAAACCUGCUUUUGGUUCUUGGGACUUCUCUCUUUUGUGGCGGCAUUGCCAACCUCAGGCUGGAACAGAAAUUUGAUAGAAGACAAGCCGAUGUGAACUCUCUCCUUCUAUUGCUUGCAUUAUUGUGCCAUUCGCUGCCGAUGUUGUUUCGAAUGAGUGGGGCAUCCGACGCCGUCACGGUCGACCCGAUACUGCAGUUGUCGAGAGCCAGCAGCAUUGUGAUGUUGAUUGCCUAUCUUUCCUACUUGGUUUUCCAACUAUUCACACACCGGCAAUUGUUCGAAGCUCAUGAGGAAUCGGACAAUGACGAAAAUGGAGGAGGAGAAGAAGAACCAGUAAUUGGAUUUUGGAGUGGAUUUAUUUGGCUUGUUGGAAUGACUGCCGUCAUCUCUUUGCUCUCUGAAUAUGUUGUGCAAACAAUUGAGGAUGCUUCAGAUUCUUGGGGAAUAUCUGUUAGCUUCAUCAGCAUUAUUUUGCUACCUAUUGUUGGAAAUGCAGCUGAACAUGCAGGAGCUAUCAUUUUUGCUUUCAAAAACAAGCUGGAUAUUUCUUUAGGUGUGGCAUUAGGAUCUGCAACUCAGAUUUCCAUGUUUGUGGUCCCACUUUGUGUUAUUACGGCUUGGAUUAUGGGUAUUAAGAUGGAUCUUAAUUUCAAUCUCCUCGAAACCGGCUCUCUUGCCCUAUCAAUCAUCGUCGUGGCCUUCGCGUUACAAGACGGCACUUCUCACUACAUGAAAGGACUGGUUCUUCUAUUGCUCUACAUAGUUAUUGGAGCUUGCUUUUUUGUAUCCAAAACACCACUAAACCAAUUAAGCACCAUAAACUCAGGAACUAAAGCAGCCAUCGAUACAAUCUUCAGAGCUUGAAAAGGUUUGGACGUGUUGGGGACAAAGAUUUCCAUGCAUUUUGUUAUUCUUUUGCUAUGUUGUGCGUGGCACUGUCGGAAAGCUGACAAAUGAAGGUUGAUAUAUACCAUUGAAGCUUGACGAAGACAGGCUAUAUAUGAGUACACAGUGUACUGUUUUGUCUGUGUAUAGAUCUAUCUCAGUGUUUUGUUUUGUUGUUUAAAGGGGGUUUCAGUUGAGGUUUGGUUCUAAAUUAUGACCUUAAAUAGUAGCAAAAUGAGCUAUAUUGCAAUGCAAGUUUGAUAAAUGAAAUUCUUGUUUUUUAUUUUUUUAA